AUGCGAACAACUUUGAGACGUACAAAGAGUGUCAGGACUACUGUCGCGAUGCCAGAAGUGAACCCCAAUGUAUACAAGGCACAGCACUUACCGAUUCAAACGGUAACUUCAUUAUUUGCGGUGGUACCACGGCUGCAUCGACCACUUGUCCAGCCAAUCACUACUGUUACUAUGACGGGUACUACCUAUGGGUGCUGUCCUACACAAGCAUACACCUGCUCGUUGUCCUACAAAUCUGGAGCGUCAUGUGGUCCAGCAGUUACUCGAUGGUACUACGAUUCUACGACACGAACCUGCCAGACAUACUCAUUCAAUGGAUGUGAUGGCAACUCGAAUAACUUUGCUACACAGCAGGAUUGCAAGGAUUACUGUAGAGUGGAAUCCUGCCCAGAUGGAGGAGAGGUCGGUGCACUUUCAUUAUCUCUGAGCUUCUUGGGGAAUGUCAGGGAAGGAGUUAGGCAGAGAUAUAAAUUAUUGCUCUCUGAAGAUUAUUCCUCUCCUGGGUGCAUUUCCUUGGUCAUUCGGGACCUUAUUGUCCCCCAGGAUAGUGAUCUCUUUUACAACGAGCGUUGCCCUCCACCAAGUGAAACACCACCCUUAAUCAUUGAUAACAUGAUCCGGGUACAGGAAAAUCCUAAUAGUUUAGCUACGGUUAUGGGUCCUGUGGGCAUCACCUGA